AUGCAUUUCCCCGCUUCCAUACGUUUGCUCGCUUUAUCUGCCUUGGGCAUCUCGGUGUUUGCCAACGCUAAGCUCAUCCCUACGGUGACUUUGAAUGCUGACGCUAGCGAACUUACCCCUCCUCCAACGACCACGACCUUCGUUGCGAGGCAGGAAACGAUGUCCUCUUGCGGAACUUCAAGCCCUUGCUCCUCAGGAUCCUCGUGUAUUUCUUUUACUGGCCCUCUCACUUCUGAGCAGUGCAUCAACACCGAUAUUCCACAGUGCUUGACAUCAACGUCUGUGACUGUUCAUCAUGCGAUGACCACUACCACCGUGGGUCCUGGCGACGGUUGUGCUGAAGAUAAUUAUUACACCGCAACCGUCUGUCCAUGCUAUCUGGCUUGUAGGGCAGCGUUCUCGGGGUACCGAACGUGCGGCCCGAUCCCCACGAGCACUUUUUAA